AUAGUCUAAUAGAGGCAGCUAGAAUUUUCUCUGGAACAUGAGGACACUAAUAUGGAUAACGUUGGUUUUCACUAUAUUGGCAGCUUUGUUGCACUCGUCUAAUGCUCAAAUGCCACUUAUGCCUGGUGCUAAAGGAAUCAUGAGUCGUGCACGUCGUGCUGCACAAGGUGGCGGUGAGGCUGGUGGUAGUGCAGGAGCUGGAAUAAGUUUUGGCGUUGGCGCUAAUAUGGGUGGCGGUUGGCAAGGAAGUGGUGGUGGACAAGGGGGUCGUUAAAAAUAUUG